CCACUACUGCAUCAUAACACCUUAUAACUGUUACCAAACAUUCGUUAGCAGGGACAGUUACAAAGGACCUUGUUUUGACUGUCAACCUUACAGGCACCGCUGCAGAUUCACAAUGAACACUUUGUCCCAGAACAUGCUGUGAACUAUAAGAAGCACAGUCACAGUCUAAUGCAGUAUAUCAACGGCAUUCUAUCACCACUGGCUUAUUCAGUGAUGUGCACUGUUUACAUGUACUCUAAUACAUCUAAUUCUAUAUUGGAAAUAGAAGCUACUGUUUCAUGUCCCCAGCUUUGUCUGACCUUGGUAAUAGGUGGAAUCAUCAUGGCAUUGAGCUAGCUAGAUAGAACAUCUUCGUUGUGCAGGACAGAUAUAGUCUGAAAAGCUACGGUGAGCUCUGAGCUGUGUCCUACAGCAAGGGGAGAGUUGGACACCAUGGAGAUGAGAUAUAAGGUGGUAAGAAUAGACAUGCUGGUUGAGUUCUCAGCUACCAUGCAUUUUCCACAUUCACYUCCCGCCACAUAUGGAAGCGUAUGGUAUGGUUCUCACAGAUGCCACCAAGUGGGCUUAUUUGGUAGUUGCCUUUGUCMUUCUACRGCGGAUGUUGAUUUGGUGUCUGGUAUUUUAUUAGGAUCCCCAUUAGCUGUUGUGAAAGCAGUAGCUAGUCUUCCCAGGGUCCACACAGAACAUGAAASAUGACAUAACACUGAUGUAUGGUGAAGCAGUGUUUCUCAAUCUGGUUCUGGGGGAUUCCAGAAAGUGCACAUUUUGGUUCUAUCCCUGCUCUAAUUUCUCUCAUCUCAUUUUAACUUCCAUCUUUAUUCUGUUUGUUUAAUGACUUCACAGAAUAAAACUUUUCCUUUAUUUAUUUUUUUCUCUCUGUCUUUUUCUGUUUCUGUCUCUUGUUCUGUCCAUCCAUUCCUCUGCUCUGUUGGACCACCCUUCACGCCAUUGCAUCUGCCUCUGCACCUCCUUCCUCCUCCUUCUCUACCUCCUCCUCCUCCUCCACCUCCUCCUCUGCCUCCUAUCCACCACCCCCACUGUGAGCAGAGUACAACGCUCGUAUUCAGGGCAUCAACGAAAGCAUUUCCACUACGCCACAAUCUGACCGCCAUCGCUCUUAUUCUUUCUCUGGGAUGCGUUCCCGGUGGAUGACGCGGAGGAGGCUCAGGAGACCGUCCGCCGUCGGACCACUAGCGAGGGGCACUACCAGAGUGGCAAUGAGGACCCUCCAGCCCACACGGGGGCGCCGGUGCGUUCCCCUGUCCACUCGUCAGACUUCCACAUCCUCAACCCUGGAGGAAGACCCAGAGAGGGCCCCAUGCACAGCUACCGCGAGGCGUAUGAGGAUGAUGAUGCUGACGGUCGGGCUGCUGUCAGUCCUAUGUUCAGCAGUGGUGGUGAGGCCCACCCCCUGACCCCUGCCUUCCCUGUCUCACCUCAGACCCCUUACUUCAACAUGUCCCGUUCUCCUCCAGGCUUGGCCAAAACCCCUCUCUCUGCUUUAGGACUGAAGCCCCACCAUCCAGCAGACAUUCUCCAUGGUGGAUCAGACUGUGAAUCUGUAAGCGAUGAGGAGCAAGACKGCCGUGGUUAUGGUGGACGCCCCUUUAAUGAUCCUAUAUCUUCCAGUAGUCCCAUCCACAGCCCAGACGGCAUGAGGAUGACUUCCUCCAUUCGGCUCCAGGCUGACUCCGGCUUCCACUCCCACCCCUUGGAGAGCGCCCAGCACACCCCCGUUCCGUSCUACGGCCCCCACUCCCCUGAGGGAUCCCAGGUCAGCGUCGUGGGCCCCCUCCACACCGUCCCCGGAAGCCCCAACACACUCCACCGCACGGUGGCCACCAACACCCCACCAAGCCCCGCCCUCCAGCGCCGCCUGGCCAACCAGGCCAGCCCGGGUCUGCCUCGUCACCCCACACCGCCCAAUGGAAAUAGGGUACAAGUCCCCGGCAGCCCUGUGAUCCCCGCAAGAGGCUCCAGAACCACCGCCGUCCCUCCGUCAGCCUCUUGA